UGGACGGUGAAGAGCCACCGACGCACCCGAACUAUCACAAAGACGGCAAGUUCAUCAAGAAUCACAGAAUGAUGGGCGAUUCACACAUCAAGGACAAUAACAACAAGGUAGGUAGUCUGGCGGUGGUGGACAAGAAAGAGAAGAAGGUUAAGUCCAGAAAGAACAGCGCCAUUAGCGUUGAUGUGAGCCGUUUAUUCGGUGUGAAUUUGGAGAUGGGUGCGAAGGUCAAUAAUCCCCAUGCCGUGGUUCCGUAUCCGAUCUUUAUUGAGAAGGCUCUGGUCUAUCUGCAGGCCAAAG